AUGCUGCGCCGGUGGUUGCUGCGCCAGCAGGCUCCCAUGCUUGGAUGCUGCAGCAGAAGCAGCUGCAGAUGCAUAGGCGAGUGGCAGCCGCGCACAAAACAGCGUCUGCGCUUCUCGAAAACUGCUUUGUUACAGGGACGCGCCCGCCACACUUCGCAGAAGGAGAUAGCGGCUCUGCGGCAGCACGUCAAUGAGGAGUACGGUGUGCAACAGCGCCAGCGCGCCCAACUGCGGCGUCAGUGCGGGGACGCGGCGGCCGCGUUGAUCCGCGGCGCCUCACGGUCCCCGGCGUCUGCCUCAACGGACGCGAUGGCCUCGGCGCGGUACUUACUGACACUGGAGGAGGCAGCACGCAAAGAAAUGCGGCGCGGCAAGCGGGGACGAACGGCGAUGUUCAGCAACCGCAAGAAGUGGGGCCAGUGA